CUCAUGGCCAUGUACCAAAUCGACAAGGCGAAAGCCACGACGAAACUCUAGAGAAAACAAUGGAAUGGACAGAGAAGAUGGCUUCUCCCUCUGGCCUGAGGCAAGGCCAGCAGGCAGAGCCGCCUUGGCUAUAAAAGGAAGGCCCUCGCACCAACCCGGCCAUUGCCUCCUCCGCUCACCCAGAGCUAGUUAAGCUAAGCAGCAGCACGCCCAGCCCGAGCCACGAUCGUCUACUUGCUGCCUCCUAAGCCCAGCUCUCUCCACCCUCCACCGAUCGAGCGGCCAUGCUGCACCAUUACCACCAUGGCGAGGUGGCCAGCCUGCACUGCCUCUCGCCUCCGAACCCGCCGUUCCACACCCACUAUAACCACCCCGGCAUGGCGCCCCCUCCCUCCUUCCACUUCUCACCGGCCGCCUACGAGUAUGUGGAGGACGAGCCUAUCCUGCAGGAAGCGCUGGCUGCCAUCGGCGGCCAUAACAGCCCGCCGGGUUCGGGCGGGGCUGAUGGCGCCCAUGGCCAGGUGCUGGCUUCGGCGGCGGAGGAGGAGCGGAGGCGGCGGAGGAUGGUGUCCAACCGGGAGUCGGCGAGGCGGUCGCGCAUGCGCAAGCAGCGGCAGCUCAGCGAGCUCUGGGCGCGGGUCGCCCACCUCCGCGGCGCCAACCGCCGCCUCCUCGACGAGCUCAACCGCGCAAUGAGGAGCUGCGGCGACGUGCGCCGCGACAACGACCGGCUCGGCGCCGAGAAGGCCGAGCUGGAGGCCAGGCUCCAGCAGCUCAUGCGGCACGCACAACAGAGCAGCAACGCCUCCUCAGAGCCAUGCGAGAAAAACACCACCACCACCACCGCUGCUGCUGCUGAAUAAACCAUUCUUAUCUUCUCGUUUUAUUUAAGUUAACUACCAGGAUCGUUGAUUAUCAUCAUUAGUAGUAGUAUACCCAAAUAAGGCGUGCGUUGAGGGGGUCUGAUCGGCUUAAUCGUUUCUUAAUUUUAUUAUUAAGACUGGGGGUAAUAAUGCAUACCCUUAACUAGCUACGUACGUAUAUACUACUACUACUGCACAUUACUGUCAUCUUUUUUGGCAAAGUGCCAGUGGCUAGAUGAAUAUGGAUUGGGUGUUACUGACGAGUUGCCAUCAGUGGACAAUCUAUAAUGCAACAUGAUCGAUCACACGGACGAUGAAACAAGAAACCGCUGGAAACCAGUGUGGAAUGAGAAACCACACAUACCAUUGGUUUUUUCCAUAGAAAAGAAAAAAAAGGCGCUUUCCGCUGAUAAUGAUGUGGUGACUGGCGAGUGGACUACUGGCCUGUACUUGCAGCAAAGCUGUAUUCCCAUGAAAAAACAGGGGACCAGAUUGUUUGGAUUAAUUCAUGUUAACUUGAAUUUGAUCCCCAAAGAAUUCAGUAACUGUGUGUCUGAGAGUCUGAGACAAACCAGACCCUUGUUUUAACUUCA